ACAUGUAUGAAUGAGAUUUCCGAGGCUAUGUCGCCAUCUAUCGGUAAAAUGGGAAUACGUUUGACGUCACUCUGAGAUGUCCAUCUGGAACGUAAACGUUAGACAGUAGAGACUAACUGCUACAACGUAUUCUUCUUUUACAAACAAGCAGGCAUAUUUCGUACAUUUGGGUGCCCACUGAGUCGCAGCCCUGCAUUCCAAAAAGGAAGACGAGUAUUUCACUAUGAACUUCGACGACGGUGACCUGGAGAACCAGGCGGAGUUGGAGGAAAAGACGAGGUUGAUAAACCAGGUGCUGGAACUCCAACACACACUAGAAGACCUCUCAGCGCGUGUGGAUGCUGUGAAAGAGGAGAACCUAAAGCUGAAAUCUGAGAAUCAAGUCCUGGGUCAGUACAUUGAGAACCUCAUGUCGGCCUCCAGUGUGUUUCAGACCACGGACCCUAGGAACAAACGGACAAAGUAACAUUUCUGAAUGUUUGCCCCCUCCACCCUACCCCUGGAUCAACCCCUAGUCUAACCCCUGCUUUAACACUUUGUUUGCAUUUACACAGAACUGCAGUAGUAACUGCAGUCUUUUGCAGUAGACUUUAUUUAAUGAACUUAUAAUAUUGACUUGAACACUGAUAUUUGGUGAUUUCAAUGAGCGGAUUCCUAGUUCUCCAUUCACAUCUGCACCUUAAUGCAGCUACCUUUUGUAGCUUUUGUCAAAAUGUUACAUUAAUGUUUACAUAAUUUACAUUUGUUUAGUAUCAGGGAAUACUGUUUGACACAGCUGUUGUUGUUUAUCUGGAAGCCUAUGCAGAAUAGACUCAUGACUUAUUGCAGUGGUUCAACAUUUUUGUGCUGGACUCCGAAACAGGUGUUUGUUUUUUUACUAUUUAUAUUGCGUUGACAUUAUUAAAAGUUAUAUAUUUUGUCAUUUUCAUAUUAAAUUGGUGCCUCUGUUGGUGCAAGCACUACUGUAAUAACUGUCAUUACCAGUCAUUCUCCACUAUUGAUCUUAUUUUCUCAAAGAUCUUGUUACCUGUGAAUCUGUGAUGUCUCAAAAUGCAUAUUCUAUUACCAGCAAAGGUGAUGGUUCAAAAUCAAACAAAGCUAUUUACAAUUAAUUAGGUUCAAGAAGUUUAUGCAGUUAAUGUCAGUUGUGGCGCUUUAUUGUUGUUGUCCCACAUCAUGUAUGGUUUUUCCUGUGUCCAACAUUUUAGACACAUUUUAUUAAGGUAAUAAUAAACAUCCUUUUGAUGUGCCA